AUGUAUAGCCCGCGUGUGAUAGCCCUGGUGGCAUUUAUUGGGUCUGUCAAUGCCCAAGUAGCAGGCUACGGGCAAUGUGGUGGGAGUGGCUACUCGGGAAGCACGACGUGCACAUCGGGCUUUUACUGUACCUCGCAGAAUCCUUGGUAUUACCAGUGUAUUCCAGGAACAGCAACUACUAGCGCAACAAGUACGUCAAAGGCAACUGUCACGACUACGACUAUAACUUCUAGCUCUACCAGCACCUCUACAACACUCAAGACUACUACUACGGCUCAGACAGCGACAAAAACAUCUACUUCCACUGGGGCGGCCACCUGCACUGGCACAUUCAGUGCGAUCUCGGCAUCUGAUUUCGUGGCGAAGCUUCAUCCCGGUUGGAAUCUAGGAAACACUCUCGACGCAACGCCAAACGAAGGGUCCUGGAAUAAUGCUCCCGUGGCAGCCUCUACAUUCAGUGCUGUGCAAAAGGCUGGAUUUAAGAGUGUUCGAAUUCCAGUUACCUACGCGUAUCACUUCACUGGAAGUUCGCCUGACUGGACUAUUGAUCCGACCUGGCUGGAGAGAGUCUCUGAGGUAGUUGACAUGGUCACUUCAUUGGGACUAUAUGCCAUUGUGGAUGCCCAUCACGAUUCCUGGAUCUGGGCCGAUGUAACUGCCUCCGGUGCCAACUUGACCAUGAUCGAAGAAAAGUUCUACCGACUGUGGUAUCAAGUUGGAACUAAAUUGGCUUGCAAGUCCAGCCUUGUUGCCUUUGAACCAAUUAACGAACCACCUUGCAACACUGCAACCGAUGCCGCUGAGAUCAACAAGCUCAACAAGAUCUUCCUUCAGGCCAUUAAUGAUGCAGGUGGCUUUAACCCCCAAAGAGUUGUGACUCUUGUAGGUGGUGGUGAGGAUAGUGUUAAGACUUCGCAAUGGUUUGUUGCGCCGACAGGGUUCUCGAACCCAUACGCCAUUCAGUUCCACUAUUAUAGUCCUUAUGACUUCAUCUUCAGCGCAUGGGGCAAGACUAUCUGGGGAUCUGAUACUGACAAGGCCGCCGUGACGACGGACUUCACAUUGAUUCGCAACAACUUCACAAAUAUUCCCAUCCUGAUCGGCGAAUACGAUGCUUCACCAACCAACACCGAGCCUGCUGCCCGCUGGAAGUAUACGGACCAUCUCAUUCGAACUGCUCUUGGCCUCAACUUUGCCUGUGUUCUUUGGGACAACGGUCUAGACCAUCUUGAUCGAAACGCAGGCACCUGGCGCGACCCCAACUCGAUCUCAAUGAUCACAAAAUCCACUGCGUCCACGGCAAACAGCUUGCCUGACAGCACUGAAGACUCAUCCGCGACAUCUCAGUGGUCCUCAGCCUACAUUUUCCAUCAAUAUGGAACCAGCGUGGUAGCACAGAGUCUUCCAUUCAUCUUCAACGGCAACACACUUACUUCAAUCAGCGACUCGACAGGCUCGACUUUGACAUCGGGUACAGACUACUCUGUCUCGGGCGCUAACAUUACUUUCUCUGCUUCUUAUCUUUCCAAGAAACUCAGCGCGACAACUGCACCAGGCGUCAUUGCUAAUCUCACCUUGACUUUCUCCGGUGGUCGAUCAUCGCCUGUUGUCCAGAUUGUGCAGUGGAAGCCGCCGACUCUUUCAUCUACCACUGCGAUUGCUUCUUCGGUCUCCGGUUCUGAUUUGAGCAUUCCUAUUACCUGGGGUGGUCUUCCUACUGUCGCGGCUGUCAAGGCAUUGACCACUAGUGGCGUUUACUUGGUAGAUACUUGGACUGUCUACCUAGGCCCAUUGCAGCAGGCUAGAGCAACCUACAGCAGCCAAUACAACUGGGACUCAUCCCAUGUGAUCAUCACCUCUUCUGCAAUCAGCUCUGUGAUCUCGGCAGGAGUGUCCACCGUGUUCACAUUCGAGUUCUAUCCCCGUGUUGCAGGUGGUGUCAAUGCUGUCAACUUUACCUUGACCGUAUAG